AUGGAUAAAUAUUUUGAAGGAAAAAGAAUACUUGUUACUGGUGGUUGUCAAGGGAUAGGUCGUGGAUUAGUCUUAGAACUUUGGAGACUGGGUGCGAAUGUUGUUACUGUUUCAAAUAAUGCUGAAAACUUAAACAAACUCAAAGAAGAAUAUCCAUCCAUUGAAAUAGUGUAUGUUGAUCUUCGAAAUUGGAAUAAAACAAGAGAAGUCAUUGAUGCUCUUGGAGUUUUUGAUGGCCUUGUCAAUAAUGCCGGUAUUGCUAUAAUCGAACCUUUUUUGGAAUGCAAAAAAGAAAGCCUAAAUGAAACCCUUGAUGUAAAUGUUAAUGCCGUUAUUAAUGUGAGUCAAGUGGUAGCGAAAAAAAUGAUAGAAAACAAAAGAAAAGGUUCCAUCGUAAAUAUUUCAUCACAAGCUUCUAAGGCAGCUCUAAAGGAUCACGUAGCAUAUUGUGCCUCAAAAGGUGCUCUAGAUGCACUAACCAGGGUUAUGGCCCUAGAACUGGGACCUUUUGGCAUACGAAUUAAUACAGUUAACCCUACUGUCAUUAUGACUGAAAUGGGUAGAAAAGUUUGGGCGGAACCAUCAAAAUCAAAGGAAAUGUUAUCUAAAAUACCUCUUGGAAGAUUCGGUGAGGUGAAGGAAGUGGUUAAUGCGGUAUUAUUCCUGCUUUGUGACAGUGCUAGUUUAAUUUCUGGAGUACAAUUACCAAUUGACGGAGGGUUUUUGGCAACAUAAAUUGAUCUUGAUAUUAUUAUUGAUUAAUUAACAAUUAAAAGUAAUCAAAGAGAUUUUAGUUGUUUAAUGUGCCAAUUGAUUUUUUAGAUACUGGAUUUGACCCGAUUUUACAUACUGGAUUUGAAAAAAAUCCAAGCAUAAAAAUCUCUAAUGUAUAUUGUGGCUAUGGUUUCCUAACUUGUUAAAUACGAUUGAAAAACUAAAUAUGGAUUUCGUUGUGGCUCGACUCUAUUUGGUUCGUCUUUGAUUGUCAAAUAGAUUUAUAAUUUCAACAUCAAGACUAUCACCAGAGCUUCAGCCAUGCAUACAGGCAACAUCAGAUUCCGUGCAACUAAAAAGUAUUCUAAUUAUUCUUAUCUCAUUUUUGCUUUAUCAAUCCAACUUGUAAGAAAUUCUUGUGUUGAAAUACACAUUUUGUUUGUCACAGCUAAUAAGGCUUAUUGACGCAAAAACGGUACCUCUACGUAAAACAAAAUUAAGUAAAUAAAAUGACAUUUUAACACUACAACAGUUAUUAUUUAUUUCAUUACCUAAGAUAUUGUAAAAAACAGUAUUCGGUUUAUCCAAGUAGCUUACCUUAAAAAUGUAUUAUAUACAAAAUUUAAGUCAAUAGUCUUUUGUAAUUCCGAAUAUACUUUAUCGUUAAAAAGAAAAGCACGACCGUCACACGCGGCAAGCAUUUAAUACACAUUUUGUAGCACUCUACACAUUCACAAACACUGUUCUUGUCCAGGUGCGGAUGAUCGUCACCGCUGAUGACAUUACUCCUUUGUCUGCAAUUAACUUGUCAUUUUGUUUGAAGUUAGUCUGCAUCGGACAUUAGCUGGUUUCAUUUGCCAAAACUUACAACUACAAAUUAAGAUAUUACAAUAUUCAUGAAGUCUGCUUAAACAAGGCGUAGACAUAAGUCUACACAUUUUAACUAACUUUUAAAAAUGAAAUCCCAACGUGAACUUUGUCGAACUUUGUUGAAUGAUCCUCUAUUAUAUGAAGUUCGAACCUAUUGAAAACAUUCAUGUGUUACAUUAAUUAUGAAAAGGUUCACUAUUUAAAACUUUUAAUGCGUUUUUGAACUUUACAAUUUUGUUAUAUACAGAACUCGUUUUUUGAGAUUAGUGUGGAUGAGUUAUGUCUGUUAAAUACAUUUUUAGUAAUGUAAAUAU